AUGGGUCAAGAAAAUCUCUCCUUCGUUCUCCAAAAACCAGGCUCGGUAAUCUUCGAACCACGCCCAACACCAACCCUCACCGACCCGUUCUCAGUCAUCGUCAACGUAAAAUGGACCGGCAUCUGCGGCAGCGAUGUUCACUACUGGGUGCAUGGCGCAAUCGGACAAUUCAUCGUCAAGAGCCCAAUGGUCCUAGGCCAUGAAUCGAGCGGUGUCGUGACGGAAGUGGGCUCACAGGUGAAGAGCUUGAAAGUUGGCGACCGUGUUGCUAUGGAGCCGGGCAUUCCGUGCAGGAGGUGCGUAAGGUGUAAGGAUGGAAAAUACAACCUCUGUCCGGAUAUGCGAUUCGCAGCAACGCCGCCCUAUGACGGUACCCUGUGCAAGUACUAUAGCUUGCCAGAGGACUUCUGCUACAAGCUUCCGGAGAACGUCAGCUUAGAAGAGGGCGCUCUAGUGGAGCCAUUGAGUGUCGGCGUGCAUAUCACAAGGCAGGCCAACGUGCAGCCGGGAAAUAGCGUCGUUGUGUUUGGUGCGGGUCCUGUUGGUCUGCUCUGCAUGGCCGUGGCCAAGUCCUUUGGCGCGACGAAGAUCGUGGCUGUGGAUAUCAACGAGGAGAGGCUGCAGUUCGCGAAGAAGUACGCGGCCACGCAUAUCGUCGUCUCGCAACGAGAGCCCGCUCAGGAUGCCGCGCAGAGGAUAACAUCGGACUGUGACUUGGGCACUGGAGCUGACGUCGUGAUCGACGCAAGCGGUGCUGAGCCUGCGAUCCAGACCAGCAUACACGUCUUGCGGGUAGGAGGGACCUACGUGCAAGGAGGCAUGGGCAAAGCAGACAUUACGUUCCCAAUCGGAGCCAUGUGUGCGAAGGAGCUAAACGUCAAGGGAAGCUUCAGGUAUGGCGGUGGAGACUACGCUCUUGCGGUGGAAUUGAUUGCCACAGGCAGAGUGGAUGUCAAGGCUCUCAUCACGGGCAAAGUGAAGUUCACAGAGGCGGAGAAGGCUUUCGCUGAGGUCAAGGCUGCCAAAGGCAUCAAGACAUUGAUCGAGGGCGUGGAAGACAGUUCUUGA